GCCCGUUCCCCACCCCGCCUCUGCACCUCUCGCACUCCUGAAGGUCAGCCCGUGUCGGCUCCCUCCUCCCGCGCUCCUCGCUCGCCCCCGCCAGCCUCGACCGGCCGGGCGGCGCUCUCCUCGACCCCCGGACCCCCGGAAGGGAUCCCGGAGCUUCCCGGAGGCGGCUGGUGGUCGAGUCGCACACGGAGACCUCGUUGCCCGCGGAAACUCCGCGCGCGUCCGCGGCUGCCCCUCGCCCUGGUCGGACGGCCGCGCGAACGGCGUUCUGGAGCCUGCGGGGCCGCCCCUUCCCAGCGAGCGAUUCUUCCAGAGCCAGGAUAAGGUGGGCUUUGCGCCUCCUCCCUCCUCCGUCUCCCCCUUUUCUCUCCCUUUUACCCUCUUCUGAGCCCAGCCAAGGGGCACACCUGAUCUUCCUCCUCCCCCUCCUUCUCUCCCCCCUCGGUCUUCUCCUCCUCUCUCCACCGGUCCUCCCCCUCCUCCCCGGGGGCUCUGCGGUGGAAAGGGGCCCGGAAGAGGGCAUGUGCGUCCUCCUCUGGCAGUAGCCAGGUUUGGGGUGACGCGGGGCCAAAUGGCCAAGUGGCUACGGGACUACCUGAGCUUUGGCGGUCGGAGGCCCCCUCCGCAGCCACCCACUCCCGACUACACGGAAAGCGACAUCCUGAGGGCCUACCUGGAGCAGAAGAAUCUGGACUUCGAGGACCCUUAUGAGGAUGCUGACAGCCGCCAGGAGCCGGACCCCGCGGGCCCAGGGGACUCCAAGUACGACUCUCCCAAGCACAGACUCAUCAAGGUGGAGGCAGCCGACAUGGCGGACGUGGCCAGAGCCAAGGUCUUGCUGGGCAGUGCGGGGGCAGAGUCAGAAGCUGACACAGAGUACUCUGACCCUUUUGAUGCCCAGCCUCAUCUGCCACCCCCAGAUGAUGGCUACAUGGAACCCUAUGAUGCCCAGCGGGUUGUGAGUGAACUGCCUUGCAGGGCAGUGCAGCUGUAUGACACUCCUUAUGAGGAGCAGGAUGGGGAGCCAGGAAACAAGCCUCUUUCAGGGCAGAAGCCUCGACAGAGCCGGCUGCCCCAGGAAGAUGAACGGCCAGCGGAUGAGUAUGACCAGCCCUGGGAGUGGAAGAAAGACCACAUCUCCAAGGCAUUUGCAGUGCAGUUUGACAGUCCAGAGUGGGAAAGGACCCCCGGCCCUGCCAAGGAACUCCGGAGACCCCAGCCCAGAAGUCCCCAUCCCGCAGAGCGUGUGGACCCUGCUCUGCCCCUGGAGAAACAGCCGUGGUUUCACGGCCCUUUGAGCCGGGCAGAUGCCGAGAACCUCCUCUUGCUCUGCAAGGAAGGCAGCUACCUUGUGCGGCUCAGUGAGACCAGCCCCCAAGACUGUUCCCUGUCCCUCAGAAGCAGCCAGGGCUUUCUGCAUCUGAAGUUUGCGCGGACCCGAGAGAACCAGUUGGUGCUGGGGCAGCACAGCGGCCCCUUCACCAGUGUGCCCGAGCUGGUGCUCCACUACAGCUCACGCCCGCUGCCUGUGCAGGGCGCUGAGCACCUGGCCCUCCUGUACCCUGUGGUCACCCAGAGCCCCUGCCCUGGAGCCUCUGCCCCCUGCCCGGCUCCGUGAGACUGAGAUUCACUGGCUGCACUGGCUGCAAAUGCUGGAGGUCUUUCAAGUCCUGGAGGAGGCCCAAGGGGAAGCCUGCCUACCCUUCCAGGCCCUGGGUCUUCAUUAGGGCUUCCCUCUCGGUCCCCUUUGGGGUUCUAGGGCCCCGGAUUGUGUCUGAAAGUCCUCCUCCUGCCUGGAAAAUAAAUAAGUUAUUGUGUA